AUGUUAACUCUGAAGAUCAAAACAUGGAAACUAUUACCCUCCACUGCACCACGCUUCACUAACCUUAAUCGUCCAUCAUCUCCCUCAACACCCCCCACAGUCACGAUGCAAAAUCCUCCCCCCUCCAAACCCCGCCGAAAAUCCUCCUACGGUACUUCCAGAAAAUCAAUCCUCCGAAAAACCUUCAAACAAGAACAAGUCACUUUCACCGCCCCUUUCUCCGACGAACCUCACGUCGCCAUUAUCGGCGGUGGCAUCUCCGGCCUCCUCUGCGCUAUCUACUUAGACAAACGCGGUGUUCGCUCAACCGUCUUCGACACUGGUAUUCAUGGACUUGGUGGAAGAUUGGGAACUAGGGUUAUUCAUGCUAAUCGUAAACAUUCUUUGAUUUUUGAUCAUGCUGCUCAGUUUUUUACUGUUGACGAUUCUUGUUUUGCUGAAAUUGUUAAUGCUUGGGUGGAUAAGGGUUUCGUUAGAGAGUGGUUGGGUAAUGUAGGGGAGCUUCAUAAUGGUGGUGAAUUUCUUCCGAUUUUACCCUCGACUCCGAGAUAUAUAGCGACUAAUGGAAUGCGGUUCCUUGCUGAUUCAUUACUGUCUGAGAGUCGGUUGGUGAGUGUGGAGAGACCGUGCUGGAUCAGUAAAUUGGAGCCAUUUAAUGGGAUGUGGCAUUUGAGUGAAAAUGGGAAACCUUGUGGGAAGUUUGAUGCAAUUGUUAUUGCACACAAUGGAAAAUGUGCAAACCGCUUGCUUAUGACGUCGGGUUUGCCAUUAAUUGCAAAACAAAUGAAGAGGUUGGAGCUGAGUUCAAUAUGGGCCCUUCUAGCAGCAUUUGAGGACCCUCUUCCUUUUCCCGGGAACACAGAAGUUCCUUUUGAAGGAGCUUUUGUUAGAGGAAUUGAUUCAGUGUCAUGGAUGGCCAAUAAUACCAAGAAACUAUUGGCUUCCAAGAAUGAUGAUCCUCACUGUUGGACCUUUCUGAGCACUGCUGCUUACGGAAAACAGAACAAGGUUCCACAGGAAAAUAUCCCUACUGCUACAUCAACAAGGGUAAAGGAAGGCAUGCUAGAGGGCGUUGAAGCUGCCCUUGGAUUAUCAAAAGGGUUGCUUCCUAAACCUUUUUAUACGAAGCUCCAACUAUGGGGUGCAGCUCUUCCAACUAACACACCUGGAGUUCCUUGCAUCUUUGAUCCCUUUGGAAGGGCUGGGAUAUGCGGUGAUUGGCUACUAGGUUCUAAUAUAGAGGCAGCAGCCUUGAGUGGAAUUGCGUUAGCUAACCAUAUUGCAGACUAUAUCCAAAGUCCCGGAACUGAUCCUGGAGAGUUUGCUGUUGGUUUGAAUCAAGAGUUUCAACCUCUGGAAGGCCAUGAUAUUGGACAAUUCCCAGGUUUGAGGUCAGAAGAAAAGAUGAAUGAAGCUCAAGUAUUUGAACUUGCCAAGUAG